AUGUCACGGCUAGUUCUUUUAUUUCUCGCUUAUAUCUUGGUCGCAGCGGCUUUUCCGGAGUAUGAGGGCUUGAACACGACUUGUACAAAGUCUCAUGAUUGUCAAGUCAUCAACACGGCCGCCGUCGGGAUCUGUAAAGAUGGGAAGUGUGACUACGAAUUGACCAGAGGAUUCAUCUACUUUCCUUUCAAGGAAGUGAAGAAAAAUGUAUUCACUAUUACGUUGCCGUCUUGUAAUAUGAAACCACAGCAAUCAAAGAUGCGCAAGCUGACGAGCGGUAUUUUGGGCGCGAAAAAGUGGCUAAUCCACGAGAAGCAGCGGCACGACCACGAAGCGGAUGACCUGAACACACGUCGGGUCUUCGACAUCUCGAUCGAUGAGGCGAUUCCGCCACCAAAACAGAAUAUUUUAAGCGACUACGAGGAUCGCCGUAAUUUCACGAAGGAAUGCGAGAAGUACAGGGACCACUGGGCAGAGAGAACAUACCGCCACGCCUUUUCCAACUUCUCCAAACAGUACUCGUUGAGCUUCUACUGGUCGGCGUUGACGCUCGUUACGCUUGGGGAGCAGCCCUCACCCCAGCGCUCCUUCCAAAACAUUUUCGAGAUUAUCGUCACGCUACUUGGGCUUGUAAUUUUCGCCGUAAUUGUUGGUGAUGUCGGCAACAUGGUGCAGACGAUGAACCUAAAGCGCACGGAUUACGAGGAGAUUUUCGACGGGACGCGGGCGUACAUGUUGCGACAUCAAGUCCCCCAACAACUCCAACAGAAAAUCAUCCGCUACUUGACGUACAUCUGGGGUCAGGGGCAGAUUGGAGUAGAUGAAAAGGCAAUCUCAGACUUCCUGCCCAAUCGUCUUUACGGCCACAUGGCUGUUCAUAUACAUAUGGAGACCUUGAGACGCGUUCCCCUCUUUGCCGACUGUGAUCCAACACUCCUUUACGAGUUUAUAUUGCGACUCGAGCUGCAGGUUUACAGCCCCGGUGAUUACAUUUGUCGAAAGGGUGAAGUCGGAAAGGAAAUGUACAUCGUCAAGUCGGGAUUCGUUGAGGUAGUAAAUGAAGACGGGACCAAGAUCUUCGUCCGUCUCGGCGAGGGCGUCGUUUUCGGGGAGCUGUCGAUUCUGAAUAUUCCCGGGAAUCGGAACGGGGAUCGGCGGACGGCAAAUGUUCGAUCUGCUGGUUAUACAAAUUUAUACGCGCUGCGGAAGGAGGAUUUAUGGGAGGCACUACGCGACUAUCCGCAGGCAACACAGUCGUUGUUUGAGAAGGGUCGCCAAAUCCUGGCCAAAGACAACCUGCUCGAAGAGACGACCGAGGAGCACGACAACUGGGACCCUGACGCACCAAUUGAAGAAAAAUUUGAGACGAUUCGCCGCGACAUGGAGGAGUUCACCAAGCAGCUUGAUGAAGCGGAAGUUAUGCUCAGGGCCUCAAUGGACCGGGAGAAGCAGCUCGUCACCAAGCUCGAGGAGAGUUUUGUCGAGUUUUUCGAGCUGGUCAACCGUGACGACGAGCACGAGGAAGACAGUGAUUCCGAUGGA